CACUACACAUUAUUGAAGGCCUUCGAGAAAAAUAUGACACGAUGCGUGAGCUGGCAAAUUGCCAAACUAUUUGGCUGCGCCCUAUACUAUUCGUGUAUAAAAGCCAACGUACUUGAUUCAGAAAACACUAUCAAGUUUCAGCCAUGAAAUUCACUUCACUCCGGGUCACCUCUGUAAUGAUCGCUGUCACAGCAACGGCUGGCAUGGCUGUCGUAUCCAACGGCGAUGGGCCAGACAUACCCUGUUCUCCUUACACAGGGGGGUGCUCGGGGGGCAUCAAAAGUUACAACAAUGGCAACGCUUUCGGGUAUGUUUGCGGACCUAACGGACACGUAACGGCCUGGUAUCCAUGCUCAUGCCCAACUUGCUGUGGAGUAGUCACGGGCUAUGGGAUGCUUGAUCCCGGAUGUAUCACAAAACCAGAGUCUGACAUGGAACAAUUAGCAUGAUACAUGCAAGAGGGCGUGAAAAGUGCUAUAAUUGAGAGUCAUGAUCACGCUGUCUCAUUGUCCAAAGAAUGAAGACGUUUUGUAAGUGUGAUGUCGAAUAAACUAGGCGAUAGACGGGGGCCACAUUGUGUGGCUUUUAUGACAAUCUCGAUGUU